AUCCCUCUCUCCCCUUCAACUCACCUCCUGCAUUAGGUUCUCCCCCUCAGUCUGAAGCGGAGUGUUCUCUCUCUCUCUCUCUCUCUCUCCCCGGCUCUCCUGCUCGCCCGCGGCCGAACCUCCCGCCCGAGACCCCGCUGCACCUGGGAACGCACAGAGCUGCUGUCAUGGCGAUGAAAGACAUUGUGAAGGCCGAGGACAUUAAGAAGGCGAUGGAUGCGGUCAGAGCUGCAGACACCUUUAACCACAAGAAGUUCUUCGAAAUGGUGGGUCUGAAGAUCAAGCCUAACGAGGACCUGAAGAAGGCCUUUCUCGCCCUGGAUGUGGACAACAGCGGGUUCAUCGAGGAGGAGGAGCUCAAGUUCUUCCUGAAAGGGUUCGCCACGGACGGUCGGGACCUGACCGACAAAGAAACGAAAGCCUUCCUCCAAGCGGCUGACAAGGAUGGAGACGGCAAAAUUGGCUUGGAAGAGUUUGCAGCUAUGGUGCGAGAGUAAAAGACACACCCCCCGACUGUAUGGCUCCACCCCCUGAACCACCCCCCCCCCCCCCCCCACCACCCCUCACC